AUGGUUGUCAUUCAUCCGGACUCCGGAGUUCGUAAAAAUCAUCCAAGAUGUACAGCACGUUUUACGGGUCUGUCCGUCCUGACGGUUCUGUGUGUCGUCAAGUGGCUACUGAGUAAAUAGUAAUUUUGUCUACCGUAGUCCGUAGUACCGUACUACCAUAGAUAAAAGAAUACGUUCUACCGUAGUACCGUCAGUGGUCAGUCGUCACUAUCGCUGUUGCACGUUGCUUCCCUCGUUCGUUCGCGCGACAGUCGUUCAAACCGCCCGUUCUUGUCCGAAAAUCCAUUCUGUUUAUUUAAUUUAAACGAAACGGUUCGUUGUUUUAUGAAAGGAAUGUUUUUUUAAUUGUUGGUUUCUUUAUUGUUUUGUUUUAUAAUCCGCUCCUGUUUUUUGUAUUAUAAAUAUUCAACAUUUAAUAACAUAGUAAUAUACAUUAUAAAUUUAGCUUCACGUACGUUACUAAGUGAUUAAUGAAGUAAUGGCCGUUUGCAGUUCUGUAGUGAAGACUGUUGUACCCGAUUACAGCAAUGGUGACUGUGUCAAAUUGUGCAGUGAACAUUACUGGCCACCCAAAGAUGAAAACAAUCAAGUUUAUCGACAUUUACCUCCAACCACAGACACUGUGCUGACAAAACCAUUUCCAAUUAGAGGUGAACGUCUAAACUAUGUUAACACGCCGCAUGUUAUCGCCAUGGUCGGACUGCCGGCGCGAGGGAAAACUUACAUUUCGAAAAAACUUUCCCGGUACCUUAACUGGAUUGGUAUCAAUACUAAAGUUUUCAACCUUGGAGAAUACCGGCGUCAUGCCACCACUGCGUAUAAGUGCCAUGAGUUCUUCCGUCCCGACAACGUUGAAGCGAUGGCAAUUCGAACGCAAUGCGCCAUCGACGCGCUGGACGAUGUCUGCACGUGGCUGGACAACGGCGGUGAAGUCGCCGUGUUUGAUGCCACGAACUCGACCAUUGAGCGUCGACAAUUGAUAUUGGAAAUCGUUGUGAAAAAACGAGGGUUCAAGUUAUUUUUCGUCGAAUCUGUGUGUGAUGACCCAAAAAUAGUCGAACAGAAUAUAAUGGAAGUGAAGAUUAACAGCCCGGACUACCAGAGCAUGGGUGCUGACGUGGCACUCAGGGACUUUUUGCAGCGGAUUGAGCACUAUCAGGAACGGUACGAACCCCUGGAUGAGAAGACUGAGUCUGAGUUGAGCUUCAUGAAGAUAUUCAAUACUGGAGAAAAAGUGUUAGUGCGCAAACACGAAGGUCACAUACAGGCGCGCAUCGUUUACUAUCUGAUGAACAUUCAUAUCAUUCCGAGAACCAUUUAUCUUACUAGACACGGUGAGAGCGAAUGGAACAAGGAAGGAAAAAUUGGUGGAGAUUCCCAACUCUCACCUAACGGUGUCAAGUAUGCCAUCGCAUUGGCCAACUACAUAAACGAACAGAAUAUUAAAAACCUUCGGGUGUGGACAUCAUGGCACUACAGGACCAUUCAGACUGCGAGCGGUGUUCAAGCUCCACAGGAACGAUGGAAAUCGUUGAAUGAAAUUGACGCCGGUGUGUGUGAUGGUAAAACGUACGCGAUGAUCAAACGUGAGUAUCCUGAGCAGUUUGCAGCCCGUGACAAGGACAAGUUUGCAUACCGUUAUCCGAGAGGUGAAUCGUACGAAGACCUGGUUGCCCGGCUGGAACCAGUGAUUAUGGAGCUAGAGAGACAGGGAAACGUUCUGGUGGUCAGCCAUCAAGCAGUGUUCCGGUGUCUGCUGGCGUAUUUCUUGGACAAAAAUUCAGAAGAGUUACCGUACUUAGAAGUGCCCUUGCACUCGCUAAUAAAACUCACACCCGUUGCGUACGGUUGUAAAAUGGAGCAAAUCAAUUUUCCCAUCGAGGCUGUCAAUACACAUCGUCCCAAGCCUCAGAAUUUACUUAAAAACCAAAGACACAAAGAAGUGUCUACGGUCUUCGAUAACACGGGCACCAGAUCUACUAAUACGGAACCGGGAUUUCUGGAGGACAGAUUCAAGGAUGAUGUGAAAGACGACAUCGGAGGUGGCGACAGUACGAACGGGAAAAAGGCAAACAACGGAGAUGCCACACUGCCAACUUAACUUAAUAUUCACCACCAUACGACCACGACCACGACUAUAAUAUUACCAUACUAUUACCAUACCGGGGAUACCGCACCACCUUCUCUGUAUAUGCGUACGCCGCUAGAAACGACUGCGUUUCUGCAGUGGAGGUCGUGAUGAAAAAGGAAUCGCCCACGCACUAAAAAUAAAAAAUAAAUUACCCAUUAUUAUUAUUUAAAGUUUCCGUAUUGGGGAAGGGAAAGAAUGGUGAAUUUCGAUUUUUUUUAUAUUUAAUUUAAUAUUUAAGAAAUGUGUGUGUGUGUGUGUGUGUGUGUGUGUGUGUGUGUGUGUGUGUGUGUAUAAGUGGAUGAUAUCAAUGUGUAAUAUAACAUGCGACAGCGACAAACUAUCCGAAUUCGACUAAUAUACCCGUGUAUAUAUUUUAUUUUAAUAAUAUAUGUAUAUACAUGUGUACAAUUUUUUUUUCAAUUUUUAAGAUUUUUAAAACGCUACUUAAUGUUUAGAUGAUAUUGUAAAUACAGUUUUACUUUAUUACAGUCAGAUUUACAUUAUAUAAUAAUAUAAGUAUCAUAUACGUCGUAAUAAUCACACAUUACCCUUAAAAUAUUUAUCGGUAUUUACCUUACUAAAUUUACUUAAUUGUUUGUUUUUUUUUUCGUAAACUUUUUAUUUUUAGUUUUUUUUCUAAUUUCAUAGUUACGAAACAUAAUUUACUAUUAUGAUAAGGAAACUGUCUGUUAUAUCGUAUAAGCUUAUCUUAUAAAUGGAAAAAUUACAAUAUUUUUUCAAAAUCAUUCUUCAAAUAAAUAUAAUAUACCGCCUAUAGCAAAUAUUGCUUUUAUCCAAAUUUAUUGUGAUAUUUACGGAAAAUAACUGUGGAUUUUUCAUCUUUUGUUUUUGUAUACCAUAUUAUGUUCUUCAGACUAGAGAAUGUUUGUUUUAUGUUUUAAAUCUAUUUGACGUUUAUAAUAAAUCGUUAAGUACAUA